AUGUACAAAAAUUAACAACAAAUAAAAAACAUUCGAGUUGUACCGAAGAAAAAAAAAAAAAAAGUUUAUUAACCAACAAUAUUGUUUCGAAAUCGACAAUUAUUGAUAAUACAACACCUAUAUUGGAUUAUUAGCAUCAUUCAAUGCUUCCAAUAACUUAUUAAUUGCAACCACAGAAGCUGAUACUCAAUUAUCUAGAUUUGGUAACUAUUAAUAAUUCACUUGAAAGAGUUUGAUCUUUAUAUGUUAUCAUUACACUUCAGGUUUAUUUGAUACAAAUGGAAAUGAAAAAUAUGCUGAAAGUUCAGAUACAUUAAUCAAAGCAUUUGAUGGUCAAAUAUCGAAUUUUAGUCGUAUGACGGGUGCUGGUGGUAGUAUUUUUGUUAAACAUGGUGUUUUAUCAUUUCUUGGUGGUUCUACGCUCGAGAAAUUUUAUCAUUUAAUUCGAUUAAUAUUAGAAUAUCGAGGUGGAACAGGUUUAUAUACUCGAUUUUUAUAUUUUGUUAUGCCUGAAAGGAAAAGUAUACGUGUUGAUGCUUACAAUGAAUUUCAAAUUGAUAGACGUUUACCAUCAUUAUCAUUUCUAUAUCUAAUUAUAAGCGAAUUGGAUAAUGUCGAAUUUCAAUGGAUACCACGUAUUCGUGAUGAAUUAAAUUUAAUGUAUUUUGUAAAAACACCUAUUUCAGAUCGAAAUAAAUAUCAAAUAAUUUAUGUUGAAAAAGAUGCAUGUGAAAUUGGAAUUAAAAUUGUUAAUUUUCUUUUACGUCAAGCAUUAACAUUAUUUAAUAUUAAUAUGAAAAAUAAUGAAGCACUUAGAGCUCAAGCAUCAUUGUCACGUGUUAGUCUUUCAUCAAAUAAUGAUACAUUGAUAUCCGAUAAGUUGAUUAUCAAAAAUUUUGCUGAUUGUAUUCUUAUGACGUUUAAAUAUAAUUAUAUAAUGAAAGAAUGGUUACGAAAAGGUUAUCCAACAGGUGGAUCAAUUGUUGGAGCAAGUCCUGUUCCUUCGAAUAUGAUUAAAAACAAUCUAAAUUUUGAAAAGCAGUUAGAUGAAUUAGUGCAGGUUGGUUUAUUACAUUGCUCAAAUAAAAUGUUAGAAGCUGGCCAAAAACAAAGUAAUCGUUCAAGAAAUUUUUUUAAAUGUUAUUUUCGGUGUUUACCUGGUGUAUCUGAUGAAGAAAGAAAAGAUUUUGAAUUGAAAUUAAAAUUUUUUCAUAUUAAUACAACAUUAGAAAAUUAUGUUCGUUUUCAUGAAGAAUGUAGUCUUAAUGAUUUACCUAAAAAAUAUACAAUUGGAAAAGAUCAAAUGCAAUGGUAUCAAAAUAAAGCACAGUACUAUUCUGAAUUUAAAUAUUAUUUUCCAAACGAAGAAUUUUUGAUUUAUAAUUGUAACGAACAAGAUGAUUUGAAUAAUUCGAUGGAGAUAAAUAAUUAUAGUAAUGAUUCUCAUAAUGAUGAUGAUGAUGAUGAUAAUCAUUCGAAUAGCUUUAAAAAAACGAUCAAAAAAACUAAUUUCAAUAUUGAUGAUUAUUAUAAUAGUGUUUCUUACACUGAAUCAAUUAAACAUAUACAAAUAUUGAAUCCAUCAUCUUCAUCAAUUACAACAUCAUCGACAACAGUAUAUAACUUAAAUAAAUCAUCAACUACUUGUGGUUUUAUUUUUGAAAUGGACAAGCAAAAGUCAAAGUUAAGACAAAUUCUUGAUUGUUUAUGUUUUAUUGUUGGCUUCGAUGUUUACAAUGAAAUUAUUACAAAUAUUAAUAAUUUAAAUCAGCUUGAUGAAAACGCUUCUGACAACACAUUGUUUUCGUCUGAUGUAUUGAAUAUUAUUAGUUCACUUGAUGAUAACAACAAGAAAAAUGAUUCAUAUCAAGAUGAACUAUUAGCAAAUUGUAGUAUAACAUAUGAUGAUUCUUUUCAAAGUGAUAUAGGAAUUUUUUCAUCGACAACCUCCGUCAAUGGUUGUGCUGAUCUUUCACAUUCUAAUGAUGAUCAUUCUUUUAAAGAUGAUGAUAUCAUUAGCUUGAAUCAAACAAUUUCAUCAUAUAAUAAUAAUAAUAAUAUUCAAUUAAAUACGAUAAUGAAAGACAACGAGAAUAAUCUAUUGAAUUCUAUUCAAGAAGCUGUUAAUAUUGAACAAGAAACACGAAUAAAUGAUAAUCUAAUGAUUUCUAGUCAAGAAACCAACAACAAUGGAAAUAAUAAUUAUAAUCACAUUAUUGAUUCAUCUCACAGUAAUAAUCAUGAUAUUGAUCAAACUAUAAAACAAACAGCAAAAUUGAUCUUAUUGAAAGGUGGUGUGCUGUUCAUGAAAUCAUACAUUACAAUUCGUAAUAUAAAUAAAUCAGCUACCACAAGAAACGCAGCACUAAAAUUUUUAUUAGAUGAGAAAUUAAUUGAAUACGAUAAUUUUUUAAUAAAUCAAACAAAAAGAACUUCAAUCGUUUAUCAAGCAUAUUUAAAGUUGUUACCAUCACAAGAUAAUAGAAAUCAUACCACAGAAUAUAUGAAACGUAAGAAAUUUCUUUCAUCAUUAUCAAAACUUGACUUGUCAGAAGAUGAUUAUAAAUUAUCAUUUAAAUCUAUUGAUCAAUUAUCGAAUCAUAUUGAAACAUCGAUCAAAUGUACUAAAGGAAUGAUUCUUAGUUUACUUGGACAACAACGUUUAGAAGAAUAUAAUAAUUUAAUUUGGUAUGACAAAAUGCGCUGGCAUGUACGUAUGGAUGAUGAAGUUGAAGAUAACAAAAUAUGUGAUACUGAUAUGAAUAAUCAUUCAGAAUCAGUUGAUAAUGAUGAAUUGAAUGCAUAUCCACUUGUAUAG